AUUGUUAUUGCCACAGCAUCUAAUCAUCGAUGCAAACGAUUAUACAGACUUUAUCAAACUCAGUACUAUUUUGCUCUGUGAAAAUGUCGUCGAUAGCGCUGCAUCUGCGUUUAGUGGGAAUUCUGGCACUGUGCCCUUUACUAUUAGCCAUUCCUGGUCCAUGGGAUUUGCUGCAGGAUUCCCUGGAUUUGAAAAAUACCAAAGUGUCUGGCUAUUUCCGCAUCGAAGCACUGAUUUUAACUAUGCAAAAUCCCCGUGGAACAACGAGAAAGUGGAUGCCUUGUGAUCUGGUUGCUGGAAAAUGCGAUCCUUUAAUCAAAGUGGCCAUUGACUAUAAUACUCCCAAUUACGACUUUGGAAAAGAUUCCGUUCCCUAUAGCCGCUUUUUAACUAUCUGGGACGGCAGCGGCGAAAACAGCGUGGACAUUAACAAAAUUGUUAGCAAAGAUGUUUGUAACCAUAGCACACGGAAAAUCAAUGUCAGAAUCCUUGCCAAAGAUAAAGAUGUACUGCGUGACGAUACAAUUGAUCACUGGAGCUGUUUCAUUCAAACUACGCCGGGACCGGCAGCUGAUGAGAGCUCGGCCCAGUGGUCAGAAGAAAAGACGUGCAGUGGACACAACAGUGCGCACAAGAUAACCUGGAAGUACCGGUGGUUCUUCGUACCACAGGAUCAGUGCAAGGAAGUCGAUGGCAGCAGCGGUAUUAUACGCCGAUACAUUCCUUUAUGGGGCAAGAAGUAAACUCAUUGGCCGCAAAUGAGCAGGGUUUUUUAACUGCUCCGCUAUCAGUAUUAUCAUUUCACAUCCGUGUGUAUAAUUAUUGUUAUUAAAAUUUCAUUUAUCUGGCAGUACAUUUAUGGCUUAUAAUUUAAUUACCUGGCGAAUCAGUGUUGCUAAACAGGGAGUAUUAUUUACUUCCCUUAGCGGCGCCUGAGGCAGUUUUCGAUCGUUUCUGCUGCAACUAAUGAUUGCACUUCUGAUUUCCUUGUUUUCACUUUUUUACGAACUCGCAUUCUAUUACAUAAAAUGCUUUGCUGGA